UAGUGAGCGGACUUCCAAGGAGAACAAGAUGACUACUACAAAAAUUUGGGCUUGCAUAGUAGCUCAAGUUUUGAGAAAAAAAAGUCGAUUGUAACAACAAUUUGCAACGUUCAACAUUUACAAUACACACGUGGGAGCAGGCCAAUGAACUGUACGGUGCCAGAGACGGUCCUCGAGUGCGAGGACCACCUGGGCCGAGCGCUCUGGGUGGCCCUGGACGUUCUCCUGAUGCUGGCCAUCCUGGCGGGCAACGUGCCCACCGUGUACGCCAUGGCGUGCUGCCGUCACCUCUCCAUGCUCAUCUCCAACCAGUUCGUGGCGAGCCUCGCCGUGUCGGACCUGCUGGUGGGGCUCAGCCUGCCCUACCACACGGCCUUCUACCUGUGCGCGCGCCUGGGCACGCACCCUGUCGCUUGCUUGCUGCGCUUCGUGCUGCUGCUGCUCAGCUGCUGUGCGUCCAUCUGCAGCCUCAUUGGCAUCACCGUCGACCGCUACAUCUCCAUCGUCUACCCCCUCCACUACAACUGUUGGAUCACCGAGAAGGUAGUCGGCACAAUCGUGGCAGUGGGAUGGCUUGUUGCUCUCAUCAUAGCUACUGUGCCCACGUACUGGAACAACUGGAAGGACAAUACUGCCUGUGAAAUGGACAAAGUGCUACCUUGGCAGUAUGUCCUAUUCAUUAUCACUCCAGCAUUUCUACUUGUCUGGGUUGCCAUGGUCUUCAUCUACUGGCGAAUAUGGAGGGAAGCAGCCCGCCAGGCAAGAAACAUCAGCCAAGUUAGCAUCUGUCACUCUGGCUCACGUGACAAGAAAUCCAUUCAGGUUGUAAUGAUGGUAAUGGUGAGCUUCUCGAUAUGUUGGUUGCCUUUUUUUAUUGCCUCGUGCGUCCAAGUGAUGGGAGUCAAGACCCAAGCAUCGACCAUCGUCUACAAGUUCGCUUUCUCACUGGGGAUUGCAAACUCAUUCAUGAACCCAAUGAUCUAUGCGUGGAAGAACCCAGGAUUCAAACACGUCUUCAUGCAACUGCUCUGCUGUCAGAAAAUAUUUUGGAAGACUUCUCCAAAGAUUAUGCAACAAACUCAGUGUCCAAGUAUUUCCCUACAAUUACCUAUCAGAAUGCAACAACCAUGUGUUUUGCCAUAAUAUAAAUAUUAACUUUGAGUCAUACAUACUACAAAAACUUUGUGACAUGUGCAUUUAUAUUUAUGAAUCACAAUAAAGUAUAUAACUGAAA